AAUAAUUUAUUGUUAAAUUAAUUUAUCUAAAUUCUACUGUACAACUGUAAUAUGUUUCUGCCAAAUUAAAUCGAACUUUUAUUUUGACGGUUUGCCUAAAGCUUUGAGUUUCUCUGUGUUUAUGACGGUAGUUUUCUCAAACGAAGCGGUUAAAUGCUGAUGAAGUGACUUUCAGAGCAGCUCUGGAGAUGAAUUUGUGCGUUCAUAUAGUGCAUCAUCUGCAUCAUUCAUGUCAGAGGCACACAGGCAUGCAGGAUUCAUGUUUAAAUAGUCUUUUUGCGGUUUAAUAUUCACAGACAUUAGUCUGUAUCGCGAUUUAAUUUAAGUGUACUGACCUGCUUUUAAUUCAUUCAUCAAAACUUUGACAAAUUCCGUGACAUUCCGCGUUAUAUAUUAAAUUCCGUUUUUAUGAAUGGAUUCCGCGAUUCCGUCCGCGAUUCCGUGAUCGCGGAAAUUAUAGGGCCCUACAUUUAUCGCAACAAAUCUCUGUUGCAAAUAUUUAUAUUUAUCUUUAACAAUUCCUGGUUCGUUUUGAAUAAGACAAAUCCGAAACAUGAUUUGCACUUCAGUAAAGGAGCAACACACUCUUAUGGCAACUAUUUUACAUUUUUACCAAUUGGAGGUGAAUUCAUAUGAAUUUGUAUGAUAUCGUUCGUACAUUUAUAUGAUCUGCUUACGCUCCAUUGAUGGUUUGGUGUAGGGUUGAGGGAAACUUAAAAUAGUUAAAGCAAUUUCUUAUGAGAUCGGGAUGAAGGGAGUCAGUUGGAAAAAAAUAUAAUUUGUUUGUGAAACAAAAUAACUACCAUACAAUAUGUUAUUUGACAAAACCACAUAUGAAUGCGCACAACUGUUUCCCAGAAUUAAAUUACUGUCACACAUUUUUAUUUUUUUACAUUUGUGACCAUUUUAGACCAAAUAAAUGACUGCCUCUGAUGUUUCUCUCCAAUUACCUGUCAGGUUGUCACAUAUUUCACUUGCCCAAUUUAGCAUCAAAUCAAACGUGAAGCUCAGGGAAAUAAAAGCAGGAGUACCAUGUGAACAUAGACUAUUGUAAUAAACUAUUGACUGAAUUAUAAAGCAAUACAUGGAGUAAAUUUACCCUUUUAAUGUGUGUGAUUGUGUAUUUGUCCCUUCUGUGCAAUCAAAACAUUUGCCAUAUGUGGCUUUGUGCUUUGAGUUUGCUAAAUAAAGUUUGGAUCGUAUCCGAGAGAUGCGGCUGCGUGCACCGACUCCCUCUGAUUCUCAAAUGACUGUGUAAAUAAAGCUUACGAGUGAAAAUCGGCUUAAAAAUUGUCUAGUGGGACGUUGGCCUUAGACUAACUUUAGAGAACUGAGGGAGGGAGCAGCCAGACUCAUCAUUCAUCCUAAUCAGUCCUGCGUUCCACAGAAAGGGGGUGUAAAAUCAUGGCCACUGUCAUUUUUAAUAUGUGUGUGUGUGUGUGUGUGUGUGUAACAUUAUCACACUCCUCUCAUCUGACCAACAGUUGCCUUGGGCUUGACUCAGGAUUAUGAAAGUGCUGUUUCAUUCCCGCUGUGUGUGCAUGUGUGCGUCCUGAUGCCUGUUUUCUAUCCCGGCCUAACAAUAGGAGGCUUGUAUUGUUAUUUCUCGCUCCCUGUUCUCUCCAUCUCUCUCUCUCCCUUUCUUUCUUCUUCUCUGUUGCUGUUGGAAGCAGACAGCUAUGUGGUCUGUUUUCAUAAAGAAAGAUGAUGACUGAUGUCUCUGUCAUCCACGUGGGUGAAAAUAUAAGCAUCUUCUCUUCAGCAUUUGCACCAAGUUUGCAUGCGUGUUUGAGUUGGGUUGCAUUAAUUGUUUGACAUUAAACCGAAAGACACUGAUUUGCCUGAUAAUUCGAUUCACUGGCCCCUUGAAAUGAAAGGUCACAAUUAUUGACAAGCCUGACAUCACUUCCUAUUUCCUGUGGAUGUUUUCACAGAGCCUGAGUACACACUCUCUCACUCACUCACAUUCCUCUGUGUGUUUGUUCAGAGUGAUUGUGUGUUGGCAUGUCUGUCGAGAGCCGGCCAGGCUUAUGUUUCUUCAUGCUUUUUUGAGAAAUGCAAACAUAUUUAUUCUGUUUUUCGGAAUGAAUUUGUAUAUUAUUCUGUCUGCCUCUCCUUGCUCGACCUUCGUUCUGUGCUGCACUGAAAUAAAAACGUGUCAGGCAUGUCUGGCUCUGAGAUGUGAAACGCACAAAUACAGGCGCUGCACAUUAACCUUCUAGAAAGUUCCUCUGCUUAGUCAAUCUUCUCCUGUCUGCAAACUCUGUCGACGUCCGUCUUGUUUCUUUUCUGUUUUUUGUUUUGACAGGAUGAUGAGGUUCUUCUUUGGCAAUAUGCUGUAACUCUAUUGGCAAACUUUAGAGUACAUGGGGAAAAAAACAAGGUAGGAACCUCAUCUGAAUGUGAGAAGCACCUCUACCUGCAGAGAUACAGAACAUAUUUCUUGAGUGCUUCCAUGGUGAUAUACUCAGCUGGUACUGAUUUGCCAAAACCUUGAUGAUGCACUGAUUCUACACCAUGGCCCAGGAGGCUCUGUGGAAAUACCCACAAUCCUCAGCUCCCUGAUUUACAUUGGUAGCUUCUCUGGCUCAACGAGAAAACCUGUACAAGCCAUGAUGUCAGUCUGCGUGCCCUCACCACAUAACCCCUCCCCCUCUGUGGACGUAGCCAAUCGCAACGGGCCCUCUGCAACUCCGCCCAAUUCCCUCAGCCUGCGUUCUUCACACAAUCAACUGCUAAGUGGUGAUGUCAUCAAACCGGGCCAGGCCACGCCCCCGAAGUGCCGAAAGAAGUAUGCACUCACAAGCAUUCAGAGUGCGAUGGGACUCGGCGAAGGCGUGACGCCACCGUCGUCAUCUUCAGCAACUACUGACAACCCUAAACUGGCCAAAAAUGGUGCAAAUCAGUUACGUAAAGCUGCGGAGCGACAGGAUCACAACAAGAACACCACCGAAGAAGACGAGGAUGGAAACACAGCCGGCGAAUCAGAGCUCAACAUCAAUGAUGAGUUGAGGAACGUUGAGGAAUUAAGCCUCGACAGUGAGUCUAACGUUGACGACGUUCACAGUGACUUUGACCCCAACAACGAGCUUGUUGAUGAGGAUGUAAAUGAGUUGGUUGAUGAUGACGGUAAUGAGGAGGAUCGUGUGGAGUAUUGUGAUGACCUGCUCAUUCUGUCUGAGAAAACUGAGAUAGUUUCAGACAGGAAGUCCCCCGAGCACCUUAAGACCAAGAGUUACCUGGAGUCAUGCCUGGAUGACCUGUCAUACGAACUGCCUGAUGUGCAGGAUGAUGAUGUCACUAAGCCUUUGCUGGAGAAAGAGAAGAAUCCCUGCCCCUCUUCUCCACAGAAACCACACAGCCCUGAGGACACGCCCCUCCUGUCUGUCGGCUCCUCAUCUUCCUCUUCCUCACCGGAGACGAAAAAAGACCGACCACGGACGGGAGCCAAGACAGACCGGGCACUAAACCGCAUCCAGAACCUUCCACACAGUGACGAGGAGUCCAGCUGGACCACAUUGUCACAGGACAGUGCAUCACUGGGCUCACCAGAAGAGAGCGAUAUCUGGGGGGAGCAGUCAUUUCAGACAGACCCUGAUUUGCCUCCAGGAUGGAAGAUGAUGACAGACAUGGCUGGUAUUUAUUACUGGCACAUUCCAACGGGCACCACACAGUGGGAGAGACCCGCCCCAUGCCAUCCGGUGCCAACUGGACCCAGCCAUGCCAGCCGCAAACACUCCCUGGGCUCUCUGUCACCUUCGCCCACUCCAGAUCACGAGUCGAUGUCUCAUGCCGACGUGUUUUUCGGAGCCUCAAGUCGUUCAGGCAGCACCACUUCCGACAGCUCGUCUGACCCCGCCCCCAUCCCGUCUUCUACAUGUCUGGACCCUACCCCUAUCCUGUCCUCAAACUCUUCCUCAUCCUCUGACGGCAAUGUUCCUUCCUGUGGAUUCGUCAACAGCUGCUACUUUCCUCGGUCCUCAUCCCUACAGAUAAUGCCAGGGAAGGACAGACACUCUGAGGCACGCCAUCGGGAAGAGGAAAAGAAACAGCCAUGGAGUGAUUUUGCAGUGGGAAAGAUUGAUAGUGAGAUCUGGAAGGAUCUACAGGCGGCCACAAUAAACCCUGACCCCAGUCUGAAAGAGUUUGAAGGCGCAACUCUCCGCUAUGCCUCCCUCAAACUACGAAACCCUGCUCCUGUGGAAGAGGAAGAUUCUAGCAGCAUUAACAGUGACCCUGAAGCCAAGUGUUUUGCUGUGCGCUCUCUCGGCUGGGUAGAGAUGGCAGAAGAGGACUUGGCUCCAGGUAAAAGCAGUGUCGCUGUUAAUAACUGCAUCCGUCAACUGUCCUACUGCAAGAAUGACAUACGAGACACUGUGGGCAUCUGGGGAGAGGGGAAGGAUAUGUACCUCAUUCUGGAGAAUAACAUGCUGAAUCUGGUUGACCCGAUGGAUCGUAGCGUUCUACACUCUCAGCCAAUCGCAAGCAUCCGUGUGUGGGGCGUUGGCCGCGAUAAUGGAAGAGAGAGGGAUUUUGCAUAUGUAGCGCGAGAUAAGGACACCAGGAUAUUAAAAUGUCAUGUGUUCCGCUGUGACACCCCUGCCAAAGCCAUUGCCACCAGUCUGCACGAAAUCUGCUCCAGGAUCAUGGCAGAGCGCAAGAAUGCCAAAGCUAUGGCUGGAGGAUCCCUACAGGACAGAACACAUGCUGGGCUCGACGUCCCACUACAAGCAGAGUUCCCCACACCAAAGACUGAACUGGUGCAGAAGUUCCAAGUGUUAUACGUUGGCAUGAUGCCGGUUGCCAGACCUAUAGGUCAGGGUGGCUCUGACCUCCAAUCUCAUCUUAUUUAUUGGACCCCAGGCAUGGACAUUCUCAACGGUGCAAUAGACAGUUUGAUUACAUCUUCAAUCCGAGACGACUGGAUCCCCGUGAUGUUGAAUGUAGCCGAUGCAACAGUCACAGUCAUCAAAGAGAAGGAGGAAGAGGAGGUCCUAGUGGAGUGUCGUGUGCGUUUCCUGUCCUUCAUGGGAGUAGGAAAAGAUGUGCAUUCAUUCGCGUUCAUCAUGGACUCUGGGAACCAGCACUUUGAGUGUCAUGUUUUUUGGUGUGAUCCCAAUGCUGGCAGUGUGUCUGAAGCUGUUCAGGCAGCAUGCAUGUUGAGGUAUCAGAAGUGUCUGGUGGCACGCCCUCCAUCUCAGAAAGCCUGCUCCCAGGCGCCCCCUGCUGAUUCAGUCACACGCCGCGUCUCCACCAGCGUCAAACGUGGAGUUCUGUCCCUCAUCGACACACUCAAACAGAAGAGACCAGUCACUGAGCUCCCCCAGUGAUCUGACACACAAGCACGCAUACUCACCGUCACGCUCUGCAUGCUUAUAACUAUCAGAAUGUCCUGUACAUACCUGUCCAGUCACAUGAUGAGGAGGAACAACUCGAGGAUGAAAACUGUCUGAAAGAAAAACUACAAAUAAUUAUGAAUUGAGCUGAUGCCAAGAAAAUACACUCACAAACAAACACCUGAUCCACUAUCUACAAGCCUCUCUCUUCCAUCACCCAUACGUCAGUCAUGUGUAUAUCUGCAUGGGAAGCCACGCCUCUCCAGCAUGACAAUAACCAACAGCCUUCGCCCAUCUAUAAACCGCUUCAUCUGGACCAAGCCUGCUGAAAGAGAUAACUUAAUCUGAAGAAAGUUUGUGUAAUUCAGAAAGAACAAAUUUGGCUGUUUCACACACCAGAGCUUCUUCAUAUCGUCAAAGUUCAUAGCUGUUGCAUGUCCAUAUUUGUGUGCGGGUGUGUAGAAGAGCUUGAUGCUGCUUCAUUUGCUAAAGGAUGUUCACAAGUGUCAUAAAAACAACCUAUUUUUUGACGCAUUCUAUGUUAUCCUGACGAACACAAAAGAAGAAUGGAUGGAUGAGAGUAAGUAAAACUCAGAAGAUUGUGAAGGGUUGCACUCUGUUCCAUUCAAAGUUGGAUGUCGAAUAUUACUACUUGAUAUCUUCUGAACUUCAGCAAGGUGCUCCAGUGCUCAAAAGAUUAAUCAUUAGCGAUAUUUUAGUGAAAUUUUGCCGGCAAAAAUGUCCAUCGUCAAUAGUGUGGAGAUGUUUGAGGCACAGUUCCCAUUAAAGUCACGACAUACUAGUCGCAUGGAUUCUUAUUGAAAUGGCUUGAUUUCAACCUCAAAAAUUUGCCAAACAACAGUGGAUGUCCUGCACCUUAAGACAACAAAAAACAAGGCUAACUUAGCAUUGCUUUUGUUCAGUGUCAACAAUGAAAUCUUCUAGCAACCAAACUGCAGAGUAUAAUUGACUCUACGCAAUGCGCAAGUUGGAAGUUCGACAUCAAGUGAAGUUCCUUUACACUUUUCCAAGUAGGAAGUUGGAAAUUGAGUGAAACACAGCAUUAAUUUCAAAACACAUCAAAGCUUUCACCAAAAGAUUUUUUUCUUUUCUUCAAGAAGCUCUGCUGACACAGUUGUCUUCACUGGAAGUUGAUGAGGAGGCUUGUAAAAGAUGCGGAUAUGAAGUGAACAGCGUUUAUGAAUCAAACAUCCCAUAGACUUGCCCUGCAUUAACACAGUCGGAAGGACAUGACCUGUUCAGUUCAGUGUGUAGAUGUAAAGUAUGAAUGUGCUUUUUAUAUUUCCAAAGUGAAUUUGCGAAUUUGCCUCUUUUUUUUUUUUUUUUUUAAAGAGAGAAUGUUGCAGAAGAGAACUGAAUUACUCAUGGAGCGAAAUACAGGAGGCAGGAAGAACUUUGCUUAGAGCCAAACAGUUCAAUGGUGUCACUUCUGCUUUGAACCCCAGCAUAGUGCUUACUUCCUCGAGAGGCUCUCCAGUGACUGAAAGUCAAAAAUACCUGACUUAAUAGGAACUAUCUUCAGCACAUCCAAGUUAGUGAAAAAACUAGAGCCGUUUCUGUUCCAGCAUCCGUUCCUCACGUUUGGAUGCCAUUAGUGGCUCUACAUGUCCUGGUUGCGCUUCACAGAUGUUUUUUUUUUUUUUUUUUUUGACCCGCACGCACCCACGUGGUCUUGCUGUGCUCUGGCGUGCCACCUGUAUUCCUAGACCUACCCUUUCUUUCACAAGGGUUUUGACAAGUCACUUAUGUGUGUACAUACAGUAUCUAUAUAUAGCAAACAUCAUAUCAUAAGGCUUUAUUUUUCAAAUUUCAGAUACUUUUAUUUUGUCAUGUUUUUUGGUUUAUUUUGUUCAUACUUGCCUUGGCAUGUCUUGUGAUCCCAUUUGUUCUGGCCAUACUGUAAAAAAACCUCAUGUAUGUGUUGUAGAUAAACCAACUGACAAAACAAAGAAAAGAAGAAGAGUGAAUGAUGGUAGAGAUUGUGAAUAUGAAUUUAUUUUAUGGUCCUUUUUAGGAGAGCUAGCUCUAGGGGAGGAGAUGUGAACUGUAAGUGUCUAUCUAUGCAUUCUUUUAGCUCUGAGGAAGAUUUGAGAGAGAAAAAAAGACGCAUUGCCUUGCAUGUCCUGGGACAAUUUAAAAAGAAAAACUGUACUGAACAGAAAUGAUAUUUUUUAUUUUAUUUAUUCUAUUUUAUAUCGGUAUAUACUGGUUUUAUUGUGAUGUAUCAUAUGCUUAGACAUUCUUUACCCUGUCUCGGACAACAAAUCAAACAAGAAAUGUCAAUCCAAAAUAUUGUACAGUUACUCUGGUGACCCUCAGACGCUGCCUGCCAUGGUAACAUAACAUUUGAAAGGCCUUGUAGGACCUUUACAUUCUGCCCAGACCAACAUUAGAUCGAUUAAUGUAACUUCGAUCUGCUUUAGAAUACGCUAUAUGAAAUGCAACCUAACAAGUGGCUAUUUUAGCUGCAACCGAUAAAAUCAAUCGUACAGCCAAACAAUCACCUUUUGGGACAUUCACACAAAACGCAUUGUGACAAUUUGAGAAGCAGUGUAGGAAAUUGCCACCAAAAACAGGGUCUCGGUAAUCUUUCCUUCCAUAUUAUGAUAAAUAUCCAAGUGAAAUGGUAUGUAGGGCGGGACUUGUACAUUGGGAAUUGAUUGCAUCAUUCGCUAAUGUUGUGAUCUCAUGUGAGUGACAGUUUGUCCCGCCCUCGUGCCAGUAAACACAUCAUCUGUUGCCAAGUCUGUGGAUUUCCCGCGGGAAUUGGGCUACUUUCAUACUGUUGCCACUGGUUGUUUUUCAUGUCCACGGGUUAAAGCAACCCCAGACUGCGUGAUAUUUAGCACCUGGAAAGCGAAUUUGACCAGAACUCCACCAAAAACGUGGAUUUUACCCCCCGGAAUGUGAUUGGAAUGCCAUUUUUUUUUAGCACAAUAGGAAGCAGUGAAAGCUGUUAUAGCGGUAAAAGGACUAGCUUCCUAUUAAUUAGGUCUAGCGCCCUAAUAAUGAUGAUUUAUAUUAUAUUACACAUCUUUUCGGUCAUUUAGUGUAUGUUCCAAAAUGUCAAUUUAAACAGUUUCGUCAAUAGACACAUUCGUCACCAUCAGAUUUUUCACAACGACCAAAGUUAGAAGGCAUUAGUUUGGGCAGUAUGUAGAUGUUCAGCUAGCUCCACUUAAACCAUUACUCCUGUAUCUUGAAUACACAAGGCCUGUCGUAUUCUGCUUUUCACCCUGCAGAUAAUCAGAGUAUGAGAUGGUGAAAAAAAGCAGUCUGUAUUAGACGUGUCAAUCCGCCUGCGUACUGCACCCCCUCAAUCUCCCCCUCUUAUUCUGUCUUUUGCAGUUUCAAAGAAGUGCACGUUUGUUUUCUGUUCAGCUUUUUCAUGUGACUUUCACUCUGUGAUUUUGGGUCUUAUACAAUGCAAUGUUUUCUUUUGGAUUCAUUUUUUGAUGGGGAGGGGGGAUUGGGUUCACGGUGAAUAAGAAUCAAUCACACUUUGUUUAGCAACGAAUUCAGUGGCAACCAGCAAAGUCAGCUGUUACAUGCAAGAGGGGAGGGGGCUUAUGGGUAAUGUAGUCCAGUACAAUAAUUCAGCAUAGAAUCAUCAUUCUCAUGUUAGCCAAGAGUAGUGUGUUUGAUUGACUCUAGUGUUCUUGCAUGGUGAAACACUCUGAUUGACGAUUAUCAGAGGAAAUCUCAUCACAAGAAUUAACAAGCUAAGAAUUAACACUCUACCGGUGAAGUAAACUCGAACACGUUUUUGUGGAAACAUUGGCUUUCUCUGCUCUACACUAAUUUGUACACCAUAUAAAUGUAAACUGUUGUGAAAAUAAAUGGCAUAUCACAAAAUACA